AUGGCACAGAGCUGGCUGUGGGCACUGUCCCUGGGCCCUGCUUUGCGCCCGGGCUGCGGGCACUGUCCCUGGGUCCUGCUUUGUGCCCGGGCUGCGGGCACUGUCCCCGGGCCCUGCUUUGUGCCCGGGCUGUGGGCACUGUCCCUGGGCCCUGCUUUGUGCCCGGGCUGCGGACACUGUCCCUGGGCCCUGCUUGGCCCGCGGCUCUGCGCCCCGGCCGAGGCCCGCGCCGUGCGCCGCCACCUCGCCGCCCUCCUGGGCCACCUGCGGGACGCCGAGGCCAGCAGCGCCGAGCCGGUGACCGCCAGCGAGGUUGUCGCCAGCGGCUGGAACCUGUGCACCGUGGCCGGGGUGCUGCUGGGCUACCCCGCCGUGUACACCUUCGCCGAGGGUGCUGAGAACUGCCUGGCGCUGACCCCGCUGAGGCUGUUCACGGCCCGGGCCUCCUGCCCCCGCAUAAAGGAUGGGCUCAGGGUGCAGAUCUACUCCUUCAGCGUCCCGGAGAGCCUCUGCGCCGAGCUCGGGGACGUGCUGGAUGCCUGGCGCCAGGAGCUCAAGGAGGCUUUCAGUGCUCAGAGCGAUUUUGUAGAUCUCUGCAUUUCCAGCGAGGUCGUGUCUCUUCCAGCGGUUGCCUUGUAAAACAGGAGCGUACUCAGACUUUUUGGCCUUCCUCACUGCAUUAGGGACCAAGGCAGAAGAUCCAGCUCCCCGUGUGUGUUGUCCCCUGCGUCUCUCAUGGUCCUUGAGCACUGAAGGCUGAAUUGAGACGGUCACUGCAGGCCGGUGGCAAAACCAAAUACAUUUUCUUAAAAAAAAAACGAGUGUGCUCCCAGAUGCUGCCUCGGUCCUGCCUGCCUGCACAUCGCACCCUGCAAAGUCAGUGUGUAUUUAUUUGCAGUGGGCAGCUGAAAAUUAAUAAAUUAUUUGAUCAC